AUGUCGUCCGGUGACGUAUUUAACGCCUCUUUCCUUUUUACCACCAUCUCCGUCGCCUUCCAGCCUAUUCGCCAUCUUCCCCGUCGCCCUACACCCGAAUCCUAUAUUAUUGCAGGUUGUAGCCUCCGCAUGUGGCCUCUUACUGGCAAGCUGACGCGAAGCCCAGCGAUACGAUGCUACAGACUGAAACUACCACGAAAGGUGGAUAUAUGCGCCUCGUUUAGACACCCUCAGCAGGAAUACGCCUUCGGAAAUUUCGUUUGGGUAGCAGGAUAUCUGGUUACCUCUCAGAAUGUCUCCAGUCGUUCUAUGCUCUCUAGCCGCCACUUGGGUGUGGUCACAGUCGCACUUGUCAUCACUCCAGCUAGCUUCCAUUUCGCUGUCUAUUUCGGUACAUCUAUCUUGACACCAUGA